GGAAAAACCGAUAUAUUAAAACUGAAAGAACUGACAAAGGUUUAUGCUGGUAAACAAACUCCUUCUGUGGACAAGCUUUGUGUUGGUGUCCGGCCUGGAGAGUGUUUCGGGCUGCUGGGAGUGAAUGGAGCCGGAAAGACCACCACAUUCAAAAUGCUAACUGGAGAUAUUGAUGUGACAUCAGGAGAUGCAACUGUUGCUGGAUACAGCAUAUUGACAGACAUUACGGAUGUACAUCAGAACAUGGGUUACUGCCCCCAGUUUGAUGCCAUUGAUGAUCUGCUGACUGGCCGUGAACAUUUACAAUUGUAUGGUCGUUUGAGAGGAGUUCCUGAGGAAGAAGUUGACAUGGUUGCAGACUGGGGAAUUGAAAAGUUGGGCCUUAAACAAUAUGCAGACCAGGCACUGGAACCUACAGUGGUGGAAACAAACGUAAACUGUCUACUGCAAUUGCUCUGAUAGGAUGUCCUCCAGUGGUGCUGCUGGUUG